UUCAUACCAGCGAUCAGCAUGGGAUUCCGAAUUGGCGUGGAUGUGGGCGGCACCAACACCGACGCCGCCAUCCUCGACACCACCCCGGCCCUAAUCGACCAGCCCUCACGCGGGGUGUGUGCCUCUAGCAAAACCCCCACCACCGCCGAUGUCACCUCAGGCAUCUACACGGCCAUCGUCGAUGUACUUGCCAAGGCCCAGGUGCCGCGUCACGACGUCCGCAGUGUGGCCAUCGGCACCACCCAUUUUGUCAAUGCCGUGGUCGAGGCGGAUCCCCGUCGUCUGAGUCGAGUGGCGGUGAUCCGCCUGUGUGGUCCUUAUACCCGAGCAAUUCCCCCGUUCUUUGACUUUCCUCCCCACCUCCGAGACAUUGUCGGAGGGCCAGUCUACUAUCUCGAUGGGGGCCUGGAAAUUGACGGCCGGGAAAUCUCGCCCAUCUCGCCGAAGCAGAUCGAAGAUACCGUCCGUGAGAUUGAAACAGCGGGCAUCACCACCGUUGCCAUCGUCGGGGUGUUCUCGCCCCUCGACCACCAGGGCGUCCACGAGGAAACCUGCAAGAAGAUGAUACUGCAGCAAAACCCAGGGCUAUCCGUGGUAUGUUCCGCCGACAUCGGAAGCGUCGGCCUCCUCGAACGAGAAAACGCCACCAUCCUCAACGCCUCCAUUCUUGCCUUGGCCAAAAAAACCAUCCGUGCUUUCUGUCAGGCCAUGCAGGAUCUCCAGCUCGACUGUCCCCUGUACUUGACUCAAAAUGAUGGCACUCUGACCAGCGCUGCCACCGCCGCUGAAAGACCCAUCCAGACCUUUGCCAGCGGACCGACCAACAGUCUGACAGGCGCGGCGUAUCUGGCUGGACUGGACCGACGCAGCAUCAACGCUGACACCCAGGUGCUGGUCAUGGAUAUCGGGGGGACGACUAGCGAUGUAUGUGCCCUCUUACCGUCGGGGUUCCCGCGCAAGGCGCCCAACUUUGUCGAGGUGGGCGGGGUGCGCACGGCGUUUCCAAUCCCUGAGGUUCUCUCCGUUGGCCUCGGCGGAGGGAGUCGCAUUCGUGUGGAUGCAGCUGAUUCGGUUACAGUCGGUCCGGACUCGGUUGGCUAUCGUUUGACGAAGGAUGCCCUAGUCUUCGGCGGCGAUGUCAUGACCACAACGGAUAUCGUCGUGGCGUCCGGAAAAGCUGAUCUUGGAGAUGCUUCCAAGGUGCAGCAUAUCCCUGCGGUAGUUCUCGCCAAGGCGCGAGCAAGCAUGAAGAAGAUCCUCGAGCGCGCCAUCGAUGAUAUGAAGGUGUCCGAUCAGCCCGUGACCCUCCUGCUCGUAGGGGGAGGAUCCAUCGUCUGCAUAGAUGCACUGGAGGGGGUCGCAGAGUGUAUCCUUCCUCCGCAUCAUGACUCGGCCAAUGCUGUCGGGGCUGCCAUUGCCAAGGUGUCGGGUGAGGUGGACAUUAUCGAGAUCCUGGAGGGCCGAGAUGAACGAGCCGUGGUGGAGGCAGCCAAGCAGCAAGCCGUUGAGGCUGCCAUUGCCCGUGGAGCCGACAAAGACGAUGUCACCGUCGUAGAGGUGGACAAGAUUCCACUGCAAUAUGUCACGAACAAGGCCAUCCGGCUCGUUGUCAAGGCUGUUGGCAAGCUGGCAGCGCCGGUCGCUGGUACCCCCACCGAUGGUCAUCCUGUAUCGUGGAUCUCGACCGUCGAUGAGCCGCCGAGUGAACCCCCGGCUGCGACUGUGGCCAGCGCUCCACCCUCAUUGCUCAGCACCAAGCACAUUGCCUCUCUUGAUAUCGAGACCUAUGUCCCGGAAGUAACUGACAACGUCUGGUAUCUGUCGGCCGUCGAUCUGGAGUUCAUUGCGACCGGGACCGGGGUCCUGGGCACUGGAGGUGGAGGACCAUCGUACCUACAGUAUCUGCAGUGUCUGGAUUGGCUGCAAGGGUCGGCCAAGGGUCGCAUGAGAGUGAUAUCCGCAGACAGCGUCAGCGACACCGAUGUAUGCGUGUUUGGAUCGUGGUACGGCGCGCCCAGUGUAUACGGCGAGAGAAUCCCAGCCAAGACGGAGCUAACCACGGCCAUUGACCAUGCCGUUCGUCUGUCAGGGCAUUCACAUUUUGAAGUUAUUAUCGCCGACGAGAUUGGCGGUGGCAACGGCAUGUCGACGUUUCCCACCAGCGCGUACUAUGAUAUUCCGGUCCUGGACGGGGAUCUGAUGGGCCGAGCCUAUCCGAGCAUGGAGCAUGGUAUGAUUCCUCCUUUGGAUGCUGCUAGGACUGACGUGGUUGUAGGGACACCAUAUGUUUAUGGACAUCCUAUCACGCCUUGUGUUAUUGCAGAUGCCAAAGGCAAUGUGGGAGUGGUUUUGGAAGCCGAGUCCAAUCGUCGGGUGGAAGAGCUACUCCGAAGCCAGUGUGUGAACUUGGGAAUCUCCACUGCCGUGGCUGCGGUACCAUUGACAUGCGAUAUUGUCAAGAAGUACUGUAUCCCGAACACUGUCUCGCAAGCGUGGUAUCUUGGUCGCGCCAUUCACCGGGCCCGCAGAUCCAAAACCGAUGUUGUCAAAGCUAUUUUCGAGACCACGCCCGGGAAACUACUAUACAGUGGAAAGAUCAUUGACGUGAAACGAGAUGUUAGCCGCGGAUACACAAUGGGCCAGUGCACUAUCGCUCCGCUAUCCGGGGAGGAACGAGAAGAGUCGGACUGUAACGCAGCAGAGACGCGUCAUCUAAUGAUUCCCUUCCAGAAUGAGUUUCUCUACGCCGCCUAUAUCGAUCCAACCAAUCCCGAGGCAUCCAAUGAAGUGAUCUGCACCGUGCCCGACCUCAUCUCGGUUCUGGGCCAAGACGGGGAGGCCAUCGGGUCGCAGGAGCUACGGUAUGGCCUGCGCGUGAAUGUCAUCGGCAUAGCAGCACAUCCGCUGUGGACGGGGGAUGAACGGGGAUUGCGGGUGGGAGGACCCAAAGGCUUUGGGCUGGAUAUGGAAUGGACGAGUCUGGGGCCGUAUCAGGCGUCGCGGAGUGUGAUUGCCGAGUUUAAUCGAUAGACAGUGGAUAGAUGAUACCGCCAGGUGUUCUUGUAUAGUUUGGUCCGUGUGAAUACAACAUAGCGGAUACAUGGUGGUCUAUAAUGUUG